AUGGAUGUAGAAGGAAAUUGCGUUGUUUCAGUUGAAUGCGAUACGGCGAGUGUUGUUCAUGUUUGUACUCUUGGUGGAACAAAGCUAUGGAUUCCAUGUUGUGAAAGUGAAAUAAGACCAUGCAUAGGUAUGAGAUUUUCAAAUGUGGAUGAUGGGUUACGUUUUUACGAGUCAUAUGCAGCUGUUGUUGGUAAAGGAGAUAUUAGUGAAGAAGAAGACAAUGCUAUUCAAGAUAAAGAGGAUAUGAAUGAAGAAGAAGUCAAUAACGUUCAAGAUGAAGACAAUGAUGUACAAGAUAAAGGGGAUAGUGAUGAAGAAGAAAACAAUAUUGUUCAAGGCAAUACUUGUAUAAUUAGAAGAAGAUUGGAUAGUCGAGUUGGUUGUAGGGCCAAAAUGUUAUUAAAGAGAUAUGAAGAUGAAGGUCAUAUUGUUUCUAAAUUUGAAGAAGGGCAUACUCAUCCUAUGUAUUCUCAUAACAAUGCUCAUUUUCAGAAGUUGAAAAGAAAGCUGACAUUGUUGCAUAAGAAAAUGAUUAUUGAUAAUUCAACGGUUAUUGGCCCUGUGAAAACAUACAAAAUGAUAAAGGAAUAUGUUGGGGGAUAUGAGAUUAUAGGUGCUAGUAAGUCUGAUUUCAAGAACUUUCAUAGAGAUUUGAAGGCUUAUUUUGAAGGAUCAGAUUAUGAAAUGGAUGAAGAUGACUGUCUUUGUAGAGCUUUAUGGGCAGAUCUUAUUUGUAGGAAGAAUUAUGCUAUUUUUGGUGAUAUGGUCUCCUUUGAUACUAUUUACCAAAGUAACAGGUAUAUGUAUGUGUAUUAUAAUGGAGUCGAUAACCACAAGAAAUGUGUUAAUUUUGCUGCUGGGUUUAUUGCAAAGGAAGACAUAGUUUCAUUUCAAUGGCUAUUUAGAACAUUUCUUAAGGCAAUGGGUCAUAGAGAACCUAAUUGUUUAAUUACAGAUCAAGAUCCAGCGAUGAAGAUUACUGUUAAUUCUGUUUUUGAGCAAUGUGAGCAUAGAUUUUGUAUGUGGCAUAUUACGAAAAAGCUGCCUAAUAAAGUAGGAAGGAGUAUCACUCAGGAGACUGAAUUUUUGAAGAUACUUAGUAAGUGUGUUUGGAAUUCAGAUAUUAAGCCAUUUGAAUUUGAAGAGAUGUGGAACGAUGUUCUUGUUAAGUUCUAUUUAGAAGACCAUGAUUGGCUUAAUAUGAUGUUUAAGAUGAGAUCUAUGUGGAUUCCUGCGUAUUUUAGAGACUUUUAUGGGAGUAAUUAUGAGAACUACAUCAAGGUCAGAGAGUGA